AUGGCCUUUGCUGGAUCAUCCGUGGGCAGAACAAAGGGCUACCUGGAUUUCCUCGGAAAGGAACAGGACUACCACACAAUGGUGUUGUACCGCUCCUAUGACGGACUCGCUUCCAGCAAUUUCAGUUCGUUCCCGCAGGAAGUAUCUUUCGAAGAUAUCAGAGGAAAGGAGACCGAAUUCUCGAUACAGGAACAAGGAUUCUGUCUAUACUCUCUCAGCACCAAAAUGUCGUAUAUAGAUUUCGACGAUGACUUUGAGAUCCGCGCAACACUCUACCCUGAAGUUAAACGGAUAUUGCAGAGGCUUACAGGAGCAUCGAUCGUCAAGAUAUAUUUCCACUGGGUGCGCGGAAAACAUCCAUCAGGUAGUGGACCGGUUGGGUACGCCCACAUCGACACGACGGGGCCCUCGGGAGCAUAUAUGUUCGAGACUUACCGUGCGAACUCCGGUGUAGACAUUGCGCCAUCGCGGAAAUAUGAAUUUUAUACCUUUUGGGUGCCGUUGCUUCCGGUACAAGACUACCCAUUAGCCCUUUGCGAUCAGCGCACGGUGAAGCCAGAGCAUCUACUUCCUGUGACGCAUUACGAUUCUAGCGCGACCUCCCAGAACUGCUUUCUACAGCAUGACCCUGAGCAGAGAUGGUACUUUAUAAACAACCAACAGCCGUCCGAGGCUUGGAUUUUCUAUCAGGGAGGUAACAGGGUUGAGAACAAGCCUGGUAUGUCAGCUAUAGUGUUUCGAUUACUUCUUCACUGGCUGUCACUAAUUUAG